UACUGGUGCAGAAUGUAGCAUUGACUUUACUCAAUAAAAUUGUGGUUGGAAAGAUGGCGUCCAAGUGCAACCUUUCUGCUUUAUUUCCGAUCCAGAGCCAGUUGGACGACGCCCUGGACAACGCUACGAACCAACAAGAGAAAGAAAACCUUGUCUACCAGUACUUGAAAAAACUAGACGACAAAGAUGACUUGAGGAUUCCCGAUUUUGACGAAGGUCUCGAAUGGCUGAACACAGAAGGCCCCCUUUCUUUCACAAGAGAGCUUGCUGGUAAAGUGGUGGUGUUGGACUUCUUUACUUACUGCUGCAUAAACUGCAUCCAUAUCCUACCUGACCUGCAUCAGCUGGAGAAAAAGCACUCUGUGAAAGAUGGGCUUGUUAUCGUGGGUGUCCACUCUGCCAAGUUCCCCAACGAAAAGGUGCUGCAGAACGUGCAGAGCGCUGUGCUCCGCUACAACAUUACCCACCCGGUGGUGAACGAUGGAGACGCUCGGCUGUGGCAUGAGCUGGAGGUGGCCUGUUGGCCCACCCUGGUGCUCAUUGGGCCCAGGGGCAACCUGCUCUUCUCGCUGGUGGGAGAGGGCCACCGUGAGCGCCUAGCACUCUUCACCAACACCUCCCUUCGACACUACAGGGACCAGGUCCUGCUCAGUGACCACAUUGUGGGGACCAAGCUUUACAGGGACUCUCUGCCCCCAUCGCUUCUUUCGUUUCCUGGGAAGGUAGCAGUGGAUUCCAGUAGGAAGAGACUGGCUAUAGCAGAUACGGGCCAUCAUCGGGUACUUGUGGUGUCCAGCAUUGGGCUGGUGCUUUACUCUAUAGGAGGGCCUGAGAGUGGUAGGAAAGACGGUAAUCUCGACGAAGCAACCUUCUGCUCCCCACAGGGGAUUGUCAUCAAAGGAGAUACUGUCUUUGUGGCCGACACUGAAAACCAUCUGAUCAGAAAGAUUGACUUGUUAGAGGGACAGGUCAGCACCCUGGCAGGAGUGGGAUUUCAAGGCACAGACAUGGAGGGAGGGGCCAUGGGACCACAGCAGCCUAUCAGCUCACCCUGGGACUUGGCCCUUGGGACUGCAGGCGGUGAGGAGGAUAACAUGCUGUGGGUGGCCAUGGCAGGGACACACCAGAUCUGGGCUCUGUUCCUGGAAAAUGGGAAGUUGCCUAAAAGAAGAGAGUCCAAAGCGGGGACGUGUGUGCGCUUCGCCGGCAGUGGCAACGAAGAGAACCGCAACAACUCCUACCCCCAAAAGGCCGGCUUUGCCCAGCCCUCGGGCCUGGCCCCCGCUCCAGAGGAGCCCUGGGGGUGUCUGUACGUGGCCGACAGUGAGAGCAGCACUGUGCGCUCCCUGGCUCUGAAGGACGGCGCUGUCAAACUGCUGGUGGGGGGCGAGAGAGACCCUCUGAACCUGUUUGCGUUUGGGGACGUGGACGGGAAAGGAGUGGACGCAAAGCUCCAGCACCCUCUCGGUGUGGCCUGGGCUCCUGACCAAGGCCUCCUCUAUGUGGCGGAUUCCUACAACCACAAGAUCAAAGUGGUGGACCCAAAAACCAGGCAGUGUCUGGUUGUGGCUGGGACAGGGGAAGCAGGUGACGUGUUAGGGCCAGGGUUGACUGAGUCCAGCUUCAAUGAGCCUGGUGGCCUGUGUGUCGGGGAGGGGGGCAGGGUGCUGUAUGUAGCUGACACCAACAACCACCAGCUCAAAGUCUUGGACCUGGACACCAAGACUGUGUCACUGUUCCCCAUUUCAUUGGAGGACGCGGUAGACUCUGCACCAACUAAGUCCGCUGGACCUUGUAAAGUCCCCAAGCUCCCCAAAUCUGCUUCUAUGGUGAAGAUGCCACCGCUGGCAGUGUCACCAGGACAGACUAUCAACUUGGAGCUGGUGCUAUCGCUACCAGAGGGCACCAAGCUCACUGAAGACGCACCCAGCUUUUGGACCCUGUCAGCAGAAGGUAACGAGUGGUUGGUAGGGAACCAGGUGGUGACCGGGGACAUCCCAAAUCUUUCCCAGCCCCUUUCCAUCCCUGCCAUACUUCCAACGGUUCUCAAGGCGACAGAGUCCAGCCCCUCCCUCACCCUGAGUGUUUGGGUUUACUGCUGUCUGGCAGGAGGCGGGGCUUGUAUGAUGAAAGCUGUCUCCUUCACGCAACCUCUCCAGAUAGGCUCUACACCCAGAAACGGCUCGGUUACCGUGACGCUGGCUCAUGCCUUCUAACUUAACAAACCUCUAGCCCUUCCCUCUCGUUGGGGCUUUGUGUUUCAAAUAUGUUUCAUUUUUAAAUGAAGAUUCAAGUUUACGAAUGUAGAAAUCAUUUUGAUAUCUCCUUUUGAACACAAACGAUAACAGUAACAAAUAAUUUAUCACAGAAGUUGAUUGACAUGUUUAAACAAAGUAGAUAUAUCAAAAAUAGCAUGGAAAGGGGAAGAAAAGGUCAAACCCGGACUUAAUUCAAUCAACAGACAAAGAAGUUAGAAAAAAAUACCCCCCAAAAGGAUAAGCCCACCCUACCUGCUUCCUUCCCCUUCGGGGUAAAUCCUAUGCAACUUUGUCUUAGAUAAGUGUACUGUACAAUUGGCUCAUUCAUCUCCCUCCUCUCCUCUGUAACUAUUCCAUAAUUCGUUGCUGUAAAUGAGAAUGUGUUCUCAUUCCACUUACCUGGUGAAAUAAAAAGUUUAAAGUCCUUAAAUUGUAUCAAACAAUGCCUGGAGUAAAUUAUUAUUUAUUUUAUUUAACUAGGCAAGUCAGUUAAGAACAAAUUCUUAUUUACAAUGACGGCCUACCGCAGCCAAACCCUAACCCAGACGAUGCUGGCCAAUUGUGCGCCGCCCUAUGGGACUCCCAAUCACGGCCGGUUGUGAUACAGCCUGGAAUCUAAGUUGCCAGAGAAUUAAUUUGUCUACCAUAAGCCACCUCCAACAAAAAAAAAUGAGAAUUUGGCAAAACAUCCAACCGGUAUCGCAACCGCAGACCACGUGUAACCAUGUCAGCCCAGGACCACAUCCGGCUUCUUCACCUGUGGGAUCGUCUGAGACCAGCCACCCAGAAAGCUGAUGAUACUGAGGAGUAUCCCUGUCUGUAAUAAAGCCUUUUUUUGUAGAUAAAAACUCAUUCUGAUUGGCUGGGCCUGGCUCUGAAGUGGGUGGGCCUAUGCCCUCCCAGGCUCACCAAUGGCUGUGCCCCUGCCUAUCAUGUGAAAUCCAUAAAUUAGGGCCUACUGAAUUCAUUUCAUUUGACUUGACUUCCUUAUAUCAACUGUGUAACUCCAUAAGAUCACUGUCCAUUCAUUUUAGAUCAGUGAACACUGCUUAGGUAGGCAUUAGGGGAACUAGACUUGGGGUCGAAAUAUAGAAUUGGGUCACUAUUAAAUGUCACAUGAGGGCGUGCAUGGUUUUCUCUGCACAAGUAUUCCCUGUCUUUAUUUUACAGAAUCUCAGCACCAAAGUGCAUGUAUCGUCUUCCUCUUCACUGUGUGUUUAUGGAUGGGGGAAAACAUGUGGGCUCUAAAUAAGGGUUACAUAAUACAUCCAUAAGCACUCCGUAAUACCUCUAGAAAACCUUUCAUAGACUUUUAUGUCCACAACAACACUGUGUCUGCUGACUGGCUUGGAUUUGUGCCAGCCAACUUGCUUACUUAAAUAAUACUUCAGAGCUGGCAAAACUGGUUACAAUUACAUUUCAACCAAUUUUACUCUGUUGGUUUUGUCAUAAGGCAUUUACAAAAAGUUUGAUCACACUUAAUCAUUACGCCCACAUUUGUAAAUGUUAGUAACCUAGUUAUUCACACAUUUAUAAACUUUUAUAUUUUAACUGAUGUAUUAAUGAUUCAUAAGAUAAUAAGAUGUUUAAUAUAGGUCCUUUAUAAACCAUUUAGUAAUCAUUAGUUUGUCCCUAAUCUAAAGUGAGGGUUUAGCGUUAGUGUUUAACAAAGUAGUAACUUAACAAUUAAAGAACAAAUGUUACAUUUGAAAGGCUUUAAAGAGGUACAGUUCCUUCAAAGUAUUCACACCCCUUGACAUUUAUUUUAUGAUUAAAUUGUGAUGUGUCACUGGCCUACAUACAAGACUCCAUAAUGUCAAAGUGCAAUAAUGUUUUGAUAAUUUUCUACAAAUUAAUUAAAUAUGAAAAGCUGAAA